AAACAGAGAAGGGGAAGGCAGAGAGGGGGAGGAGAGUAAUGAGACAAUAAAGAGAAGGUUCAGACACAUACUAACAGAUUUCGUGGAUCAAGGUCAGGUAGUUCUCUUUGUACAACAGAAUGGCUUUACGCUCGACUAAAGUAUGCGGCUCUCCAGAUAUUCAAGAAGACCUCAGGAUUGUUCUGCUGGGGAAGACUGGCUCAGGAAAGAGUUCAACAGGGAACACCAUCCUGGGAAAUGAGGUCUUUAAGGCAGAAUUCUCACCAUCUUCUGUGACAAAGACUUGUAGAAAAGUAGUCUUCAAGUACAAAGACAGAAGAGUGAGGCUCAUUGACACGCCUGGGUUCUUUGACACAUCAACAGCAGAAGACGAGUUGAAAGAAGAAAUCAAGAAAUGUAUCCUCCUCUCUGUCCCAGGACCCCAUGUGUUCCUGCUUGUGAUCAGUCUGGGUGUUCGGUUUACACAAGAGGAGAAGAACGCCGUCAAAUGGAUCGAGGACAACUUUGGUGCAGAAGCCUCUAAGUACACACUUGUACUUUUCACCAGGGGAGACGAGCUCGGGCAGAAAUCCAUUGAGACUUUUUUGGAGGAAAGCUCUGAUCUCAGGGAUCUCAUCAGAACGUGUAACGCCAGGUACAUUGUGUUUGACAACAAGAGCAUGAAUAAUCGCACUCAGGUGAAUGAUCUGUUUGAGGAGAUAGACAAGAUAGUGCAGUUAAAUGGUGGGCAUUACACCAGCAGCAUUUAUGAAGAGGCCCAGAGAAAGAUCAAGUCAGCUGAGAGGUGGAACACCUGUGUAAAGUAUGCGCCCAUGUUAGGUGUAGGUGUGAUUGGAGCUGCUGCUGGAGCUGCAGCUGCUGGAGCUGCAGCUGCUGCUGCUGGAGCUGGUGCUGCAGGGGAAGUCGUUGCUUCGUCCAUUGGGACAACUUUAGUGGCUGCUGCUUCAGGGAUUUUUCAAACUCUUUGGAGGAUUCCAAGACUUUAAAGAUGUAUCAUUAACCUACUCUGAGAAACACUUUUCAUCCUGGAUAUCAUUUUUUGUUGAUUGUUUUUAUUGAUUAUUGAAUGUUCUUUUUAUUUUCACUGAUUAUUAUCAGUUUUAUUUCUGAUUAUGAUUUUAUUAAUUCUGUUUGAGUUGUAAAAAUCAAAUAACCUGAAUCUGAUUCUACAUUACAAGACUUCAUUAAGAGUGACAGAAGUAGGAUGCUGAAGGUUUGACUUUUUUAAAGUUCAGAAAACUCCUUUUGAGAGAGAUAAUCAAGUCACUUGCAUCCAGUGUAAGAAGACUGUUGAGCUGUGAUCCAGAUGAGUGGCCAGGGGUGUCACAGGCCCCUCCUGAAAUCUUAUUGGCCAUCCCAGGUGCCACCCGAUAAUCCAAUCUAUGAUCAGCUAUUUUUCUACUCAGAGGUGGAAAAACUCGUGCACACUGUCUAACUUGAAAUGGACUUCAUUGCCAAUGAAUGUAUUUAUGCAGGCUAGCAUACACAAGUGUUAGUACGUAUUUUCAUGAAUUCAUUCAUCUUGAUAAUUUUGUGGAUAUUUCUUUGAAUUUUGUGAACCAUCUAAGAGUAAUUCUUCUUUUAGGGUUGUGAAGCUGUAAUACAUAUGUGUAAGAGACCUCAUAGCAGCAGAGCUAUAUUUGGAUUAGAGCCAAGUGUAUGUUGUGCACUAGACAGCAAACAACUGUUUGCUAAGUGUGUGUCUGUUACGUAUACAAAUCAUGGUCAUGUCAUCUUUAUUGCUUCAUAGUGAUGUACCCAAAUGGAAAGGAAUGUGUGGGCUGUACCUUCUAGCAGAAUAUAAGCAACACUGUGAUGAAGACUUUGACAUCCAUUGUGAGAUCUUGGUCAGCAUGGGUCAGCGAUGGUCUUUGUCAGCCAUGUGUGUUCUGUUUUUGUGUUGUCUGACCACGGCUGAAUAAAUCCUAACAUAAUCCACA